AACGAGACGGAAAUCGGCGAAGACCGGAAAUACGACAACACCCACCCGAGCCACCGAGGUACCCAAGCAGCACCAGUUUUUGGCCGAAACGGGCACGGCCAAUUUUCCGACGCUUUGCUUGGUAUGUAAAAAGCGCGGAACGAACCCCCUCAAACAACGUUUCCGGAUCUGCAUCCCACAUGCACAAAAAUGUAUACUUACACGGCCGAACAACUCACCCGCUAUCUCGAGCACAUCGGAUACCGCGGGGAUGCCCGGCAACUGGCAUCUCAGGACCCGCUCGGGUGCCUCACAAGCAUACAACACCACCACAUGGCCCGCGUACCCUUUGAGAGCCUGUCGCUGCAUUACUCGAGGCAUCGCCUCCUGUCGCUCCACCCAGAGGACUUGUUCGGGAAGGUGGUCGAUCGCGGCAGGGGCGGGUACUGCAUGGAAGUCAACACUCUCUUCGCCGUGGUCCUGCGCAGUCUGGCCUUCACCCUCUACAGCGUCGGGGGCAGGGUCAACGGGCCGGGCGGCUACAAGGGCUGGGACCACAUGGUCAACAUCGUGACCGUCGACGGCCGACGCUACCUGGUCGACGUCGGCUUCGGGUCCCGCGGCCCGCUGCACCCGGUGCCGCUGGAGCACGGCUGCGAGUUUCCCGGCUUGGGCCAGGCGCGCGGGCGGCUCGAGUAUCGCCGCCUCGAGGAGCACGCCGACCCCGGCCAGCGCGCCUGGGUGUACUCGGUCCGGGAGGGCGAGGGCCGCCCGUGGAGGACGCAGUAUCACUUCGUCGAGACCGAGUUCACGGCUGCCGACUUUGAGGUCAUGAACCUGCGCACCAUGACGGCGCCCCAGAGCUUCUUCGUCCAGAACGUCAUGUGCAUGUGCACCCUUUUGGAUGACCAAGAGGAAAACCCCGUCGGCCUGCUCAUCCUGCACCGGGACUACAUCAAGCGGCAGGUCGGCGACGUGUCGGAGAUUAUGGAACGGCUGGAGAGCGAGCAGCAGCGAGUCGAUGCGUUGAAGAGGUAUUUUGGCAUCGUCUUGAGCCCCGAGGACCAGGCGAGCAUCCGCGGACUGGCGAGUGGGCUUCUUACCGGACCGUCGGGGCAUGCUUAGGACAGCCAAUACCGGACGCUGCCCGGUAACGGGGAAUGGGCUGGGGAAUGGGCUGGGGCUACGCUAUCGCACCAGCAGGCUGUGGGCCACUGGGACUGGCAGGACAUUUGUUUGUAUCUCAAUGACCCGCCCCAGUCUCCUACCCGAUAUCUUGCCUAUCUAAUUAGCCCAUUAAGACGCGCAUAAAAGCCGUCCGCAUCCACGAUAUGCCCCCCCGUUCCGCAUGAAGGGGUUGUACAGUGAGCCGUCCGAAGCGAAGGCUAAGCCACCGCGGCCGUUGGCAAACUUCGCGCCGUUGAACAUGUUAACAGUGUCGCCAUCCCGAUGUGUGUGUUAUUGAGGUGGGGUAGAG